AUGGAUUCUCAAGUGACCGUUCAGGCCGAUGUGCGUGGUGAAGGUGCGGUCGCAGUGAGGGCAGGUAUAGUCCUGAUCCUCAUCGCUGGAGUCGGAGGUAGCGGGGGUGGUGUCUGGGGUUGUGUCAGGGUUAGUGAUGUGCGAGAUGGUCGCAUGAACGGCCGUCGUCGCAGCAGUGGAGGAGGAGGAGGGGGGAAGGAGGAGGAGGAGGAGGAGGAGGAGGAGGAGGAGGAGAAGGAGGCGGAGGAGGAGGAUGGAAGUGGUGGUUCAGAAGAAUUGUCAGACUUAGUUGGUGGCGGAGAAGCCGAGGAAGAGGCGGGUGGAGGGAUGGCUGAUGGUGCGGUCCGCGAGGUACAUAUAGUUGAUCCGAAGAUGUCUAACAAGUCCGAUUAG